CGAGCCGGAUCACACACAUAUCACGAAUUCAACGACAAGACUUCAGCUUCACUUCUACCACAACCACAUCCCGCGAAUCCUCGUCCCCGGUCUCUAAUUCAAAAUGACGAAGGGAACGUCAAGCUUUGGCAAGCGCCACAACAAGUCGCACACCCUGUGCCGACGAUGCGGUCGUCGAUCCCUCCAUAUCCAAAAGCACCAAUGCUCCUCGUGCGGAUAUCCCCAGGCGAAGAUCAGGAAGUUCAACUGGUCUGAGAAGGGCAUGCGAAGGAAGACCACCGGUACCGGACGCAUGCGAUACCUGAAGACGAUCGCGCGCAAAUCGACGAACGGAUUCCAGCAGGGCACACCGAAGGGCGCGCGCGGGCCGCAAGUGGCGUCGUCGUAGAUCGUGACGGUUCGAACGGGGUUGGGGCGGGCGAUAGAGCUCGUCGAUUCGAUUGAGGAGACGCGAAAAUUCAGCUGCCUGUCGGACUAUCGGGCAUAUGGCGUUGUCAAUGGACUUCAAUUGCAUUACUAAAG